CCUUGGCUUGCCUUGGCGACCAUCGCUCUGGGGCUGUCAGGGAGGGCUCUUUUCAGCGCAUUCUGGGGGUGAAUCUCCGAUGGAAAUGUUUUUGUUCAGUUAAGAACAGAAAAUAUCUACUUUAAAAUUACAAUUAUCAGGAAUGGUGCACAAAACGGCAUACCUCUACAUGUUUCUAAACACUGUGGUCGACGAGAGAACGAUGCAUUCAGCUACUAUUUCUACGUGUUACUUGAAGACAAACGUGUGGAGCUGAAAAUAAAAGAAGGAAGUAUAGUGCACCCAGAGAAUGAAAAGGCAUGGACUGGAAAAAGUAGAAAGUAAACACAUUUUGCUGGUUUAGUAGGGCAGCAAGAUGCAAGGGUGUAAUGGCAGUCUAACUUUGAGAUGAUAAGUGCAUGAAAUAGUGUCUGAGCUGCAGAGUGAGACGGUUUGAUUGUGUCAAUAAAUGGAUAAAAUGGGCAAGAUGUGGAACAACUUGAAAAACCGUUGCCACAACCUAUUCCAUUCCGAAAAUACUAGCAAAAAUGAAAACAGCCUGGAUGUAAACUUCAUUGGGUGCUCUUUGGAGCAGCCCAACAGUAUUUGCCUUUCUGAGUUACCUUCCCAAGCAACAGCUAGCACUCAUCAGAGACUUUGUCCUUUGCCGCUGGUUUCUGACAACCUCCAGAACGUGCCACGAAGGAACCAGAAUUGUGUCUCUGAUAUUCCUCAGAUCAUGGAGAUCACAAUAGACAAAGAUUUUGAAGAUCUGCGAGCAGCAGCAAGCACUCGAUUGGCUCGCAGGGAUUCUUACUCAAGGCAUGCUCCUUGGGGGAGCAAGAAAAAACACUCCUGCUCCACCAAGACACAGAGUUCCCUGGAGACUGAUAAGCACUUUAGCAGGACACGAAAUGGUCUGCAGAGACGGGAGAGAAGAUUAGGAGUCAGUUCUGUACAUGAUAUGGAUUCCACCUCUACUCGGACUCUAAACGUAUGCUCCUUCCGACAGCGUUUACAGGACACUGUAGGUCUCUGCUUUCCAAUACGUUCCCGCUCUCGGUCUUCCAAAGUGACAUUUUCAGCAAAGAGGAAGAUCCACUUGUCUGAGCUCCUGCUUGAAAAAUGCCCUUUUCCUGCAGGUUCAGAUCUUGCCCAAAAGUGGCAUCUCAUUAAACAGCACACAGCUCCUGUUAGCCCCCAGUCUGCCACUUUGCUUGAUGCCUUUGCCUCUACAGAAGAUGAAGAAGACAGACUGCGGGAGAGGAGGAGGCUCAGCAUUGAAGAGGGGGUCGAUCCACCUCCCAAUGCUCAGAUCCACACAUUUGAAGCCACAGCACAGAUUAAUCCUUUAUAUAAGCUGGGACCAAAGCUACCGCCAGGGAUAGGGGACAUAACUGGGGACAGUAGGAGUUCUGCAAUUGUAAAUUCAGUACCUGUGGGAAGUGUGACAGCAGGGCCACAGCAAGCUGCGCCUUUGCUUACGGAUUUUGAUUCAGAGGAAGAUGCAACAACUUUGUGCUUGCAGUCACGUAGGCCAAAGCAAAGGCAUACAUCUGGAGAGAGCCAUUAUUGCCGUCAAGGACCUUGGAAGGUUCACACACAAAUAGAUUUUAUUCACUGCCUGGUACCAGAUCUACUGCAGAUCACCAGCAACCCCUGUUACUGGGGUGUGAUGGACCGAUAUGAAGCCGAGGCACUUCUGGAGGGCAAACCUGAAGGCACAUUCUUGCUCAGGGACUCUGCGCAGGAAGACUACCUCUUCUCUGUCAGCUUCCGCAGAUAUAACCGCUCAUUGCAUGCACGCAUUGAGCAAUGGAAUCACAACUUCAGCUUUGAUGCUCAUGACCCAUGCAUUUUCCACUCCUCAACUGUAAGUGGUCUGCUGGAGCAUUACAAGGAUCCUAGCUCGUGUAUGUUUUUUGAACCUUUGCUCACAAUGCCACUACACAGGACAUUUCCUUUUAGCCUGCAGUACAUCUGUCGUGCAGUAAUCUGUAGGCGUACCACCUAUGACGGAAUAGGCCUGCUUCCUUUGCCGGCUGCUCUGCAGGACUUUUUGAAGGAAUACCAUUAUAAACAAAAAGUUCGAGUGCGAUGGCUUGAGCGAGAACCUAUCAAGGUCAAAUAAAAAUAAUUGAAUAAAUAACAAAACAGAACCGCAGUAAAAGAAUGAACGGUGUCCAAACAUUUUUUUUUCUUCUCCUUCCUCCUCUUCUUCAGGACAGGCCUCACACAAGAGGAAAGACUAUAUGUUUUUUUGUGUUUUUUUUUCUUUCUGUUCUUUAUGGUUUGUAUUUACAUCAUAAAAAUAGCCUCUGGCAAGUAAAUAGUUAGAAUCCAACUUUGUUGUCAAAACAAAAGUUCAAAAAAAAGAUAAAAACCGUAGCCCUGUCACACUUCUUUCUGCUGCUACAUUCUAGAUAGGUACAUAAAUAACUAUCACGUCUGCUCUGUGCUAAAUAAUAAUAAAAUAAUAGGCUAAGCCUCUAGCAUGUGCACAUUUGGGGAAAGAUGCUUAACUGCAAGUUGUUUCUUUUUCAUUAAAUUUUGCAGUCCUGAAUUCUUCUUUUUGUUUUAGUACUUUUGGAAGUAUUUUGUCCUUUUUCCAAAGCAAUUAUUGGGCUCUUUAUGUGUCUGAUUGCAGUUUAAAAAAAGUGUAUGUGUUUUAAUAGAAAGUGAAGUCAUAAAAUGUACUGCAAAAACAUACAGGCUUCUUUUUGUGAAUUUUUUUUUUGUUGUUGUUUAAUUUGUGCAUUCUGUAAGGUCUGUGGCUUGCUUCCAUCUCUCUGUUAAACCCAACCAUUAAAAGCCAUGGUAAAUCGGGCACAUUUAUCUCAAUUUUACAAAUUUAGUUAAUCCUUCCAUUAGCUGUUCCUCUUCUUCUAAGAUCAUGCUCCAUGACAAGAACCGACUAAUAAUAUAUCUUUUUCCUUAUAUUUAACAUUCAUUUGCUUCCGGUAAUAUAUAUUUAGACAUUUUUCAUGAAAUAAGAAUUGUUUCUUUAUUUUUAAUUAGUCCACUAACAUUUCAUGUUGGUGCUUUGUUUCUUAGAGAAAAAGUGGUAAAAAAAAUCAUUUCAAUCAGGAAAUUCCCUUGAAUAAUGUUAUUUAUUUUCAUUACAUAUAAUAAGAAGUGAAUCCUUAACUGAUGCAAAAUUGUGGGAUGUAAUAGAGAAGAAAACAAUGUUGUUUUUUUUUUUUUUGUUUUUUUAGGGGGUGGGGGGCAGUCUUAAGGCUUUUAUGAAACAUAGUGAUACACACCUAUUAAUACGUUGAGGAUAGUUUCACAAAACAAGGAUUUUUUUUAAAGGGACCAUAUAUCUCUGCUAGCUUUAGUUACUGUAAACAUGUGCAGUUCAUUCUCAAAAUAUUAUUUAGGUGCUAUAUCUGUACCAGCAUUCAAGGGUCCAACAUUAUCCUUUCAGAGGUUUUGUCAUCUCAAAAUAUACAAACUGUUUAAUUUGCGACACCAUCUUGCCUUAUUUUGAAUACCACAUGACUCUCAUAUGUUGUGUUGUUUUAUGCAGGAGCACUGCACUUAGACACAGAAAAUCACCACCUUUUUUUACUUCAGAUUUAAGCACUUACAGUGAUUCACUGUAUCCCUUCCUGUUUCUAGGAAGAUUCUAACUAUUUUAAACUCUUUAUAAAAUUACAAAUGAUCUGCCCUUUAUGUAGCACAUUUCACAAUGAGUAUCAUUAUAAGUAUGACAUCACUGUUUAUUAAGCAACUACUAAUUAUUAAAAAUGUAUACUUCUGUAUAUAUUGUCAAUUAUAUUGUCCCUAUCAUGGGUAUUUAAAGUAUAUUUUAUUCAAAAUAAAGACUUUAGCAGCUAUAUAUUUACUUAUAUUUUUUCCUUCCAAUGAGAAAAAGAAGAAUGAUCCUUUUGACUUGAGUCAUUUUUAAUAUGGUGGGUAUGGACAUGUUCUUUAACAUUACAUAAUAUUUACCAGUACAUUUAUUUGCUUGCAAAUGCUUGUAUUGAAAGUGACUCGAGUACCAUUAGGUACAGGUAAUAAAAGUUGAUUGCCACAAGUUAAAAAGUGUAAUAUCUAAUACAUUUACAAUAGAUAAAGCUUUGAUAAUAUCAGUGUGCUUUCAAUCAAAAAGCAAUCCCCUUUAUGCGAUAAUCAUUACACAGUUAAACUGCUGUUGCCUUUUUGUAUUCUGAAAUGUAUUGUCUUUAAAACAUUAACCAACAUACUCUAAAUUUAGAUAUAAAAAUCUGAAACCCAAGAAGGAAAUUUGAAAAUGUUGUGCACUCAGUACAAUAAGAGCUCACUAACUGCUUUAUUUAAUAUGUUUGUACUAUACUUGCAUUCAUUACUGUACUGUUUAAUUUUUAAGUUGUGUGUCUGUCUGGCCAGAAUGAUUUGUAUUCAGUACUAACUCUCUCUAAUGCGCUACGCACUGGUUUGCCUCAAAAUGUGCCUUGAUAGCAUUUGUUCCUCCUCUUUUUUUGGUGCAGAAUACAGCAUAGUUUUUUCAUGCUUGGUAUUUACAGUAUGUUUUACUUUUUGAAGUUUCUUGUUACAGGCAUACAAGAUUGUUUAUCCAUUUAGGAGUUGGCAGAACUUUUUCCUUGUUUCACUGCAGGACUGCUUUUUGCCAAUAUUUUUUGAACUAAGGAUGGGUUUUUCAGAAGCUACAGUCCAGAAAAGACAGAUGUCUUGUUUUAGUUAUGCAAGGAUUUCCUUGAGUAUGCAUAACAUGAAGCAUUUUCAUCAAUUCAAUUUGAUGAAGUUAUUUUCUAAAUCAUUUACGACUCAGACUUAAAUAGACAAAAAUGUUGUUUAACAUGGAUGAUUGAAUUCUGUAAUUAUAAAUUAAGGAUUUUAAAAUAGCUUGUAAGUGAGCAAACUAAAAAAGAAUAAAGGGUGGACACUUGGGAAAAUAAUUAAAUAAUAACCUGUUCAAUGCCUUCGUAUAUGGCAUCAUAUGAAACAACAUUGCUGCUAUACAGUAUAUAUUAUACAAGGGUUAUAUAGUAGAUCUUUGCAGUGAUUAGUCAUUGACAUGCAAUGUUUGUUAUACAGCUUGUUAGCUAACAUGUGCUAUUUAUGUUAUGCAUGUAGUGUGUGUUUGUGUUUUUAUAUAUAAAUAUAUAUAAAAAAACACAAAUGUACACAAACGUAUUCAGUACUAGUCAAAAAAGUUGCAGAACACCAUUUUUCCAGUUGUUAUUGAAAUUUAAGCAGUUCAAGUCCAGUGGAUGACCAGAAAAUACUACAAAGGUAAGCAGUAAACCUCCUAAGGUUUAAAAAAAAAAGUUUUUUUUAACCAAAAACUAAAAAAUAAUAAAUUUUCAGAGUUAUACAAAAAAGCAUUGUUAAGAGAACAAGUUUAUAUCGCUUUUUUUCAACAGUGUAAGUUAAUUAAUCCUUGAAUGUUGAUCCAAACGGCUCCUACAGGUGUCUUAACGUCUGUUGAUUAUGUACAAACAUUAUUUCUGUAUAAAAGUGGUAUUUUACAGAAAUACUGAAUACCUUAAUGGGACGAAAAAGAUAAUUAACAAAGGAAGACAGUCAGACCAUUGUAACCCUCAAAACUGUGGAGAUCUUUCCUUUGGUGAAACUGCAAAGAAAGACAAGGUGUCAGUGAGUACAGUUUCCCAUACCAUCAAAAUAAACUUGAAAACUUGAGGAAGCUGAGAGGAGCAGGUCUUACAGACCUAAAGCCACAACAGAAUCAAAAGACACAUUUCUGAGAGUCAGCAUGUUGUAUAACAGGCACCUCGCAGGACUGUGUUUAUAAUAAGCAUUAUUUUAAACUGUGAAAGGAAGGCUUUGAUAUGCAGGUUUGACAGAUCAAAUCUUAGUAAGAAAGCCAUUUGUAAAAUAGAAAAAUAAGAAAAAGAGGCUUACCUGGGCCAAGAACCACCACCACUCUCCAUGUACUUUGAAAUUAAACCGUAGAACAAAUACACAAAUGGCAAUUAGUAUACUGCACAGCUGUUACCAUGUAAAGUUCCUGUACAGUACAGUAAAUGAUUCUCAGAAAAUUGUUUUCUGAUUCUGUUAUUUCUCUGGGUCUGCCAGACUUGCUCUUGUCAGUUACCUCCAUUUUCGGGUUCCUUUGAUGGUGUAGGAAACUACUCACUGACACCUUGGCUUUUUUGCAGUUUCUCUAAAGGACAGAUUAAAGCAUUUAAGAGUUAUUAUAGUCUGUCUACCUGUAUGUCUUUUCUUUUAAUGGCUUUUUUCUUGCUAAUUUGAUUGCUGUAUAUAGUGCAGUGUUGACCAACAUAAUACUUCAGAGGGUAUAGCAAUCCAGUUUGUUCCAACACUUUUAUACAAUUAGAGGUUUUGUAAGUAAUCUACAGAUAUUAAAAAUGUGCAUCAUCUUUCAAGGUUUAGUUACAGUAACUGUAAUUGCCACAAAAAAGUGUUACUUGUUAACCUAUUACUUGUUCCCGGAGCAAAGCUUUUUGUACAACUCUGAAAAUUAAAUCAUUAUUCAGUUUCUAUUAAUGUAAACUUUUUUUUUUUAUUAUUGUUUUUAACCUCUGGAAUUUUACAUCUUACCUUUGUACCACUUCAGGUUAUUCACUGGACGUGAAUUUCUUAAAUAUCUAUAAAAAUGGAAGAAUUGGAGUUUUAUAAAACCUUUGACCAGUUAUCUAUAUGUCACACACACAGAAAUAGUAUAGUGUAGUAUACAAAUUCACCAUACAGCAGGGUUGAGGUUUAAUGGCACUAUCAUUGAAGAUUAAUAAAAACCUGUAUCAGAUAACCAGCCUUGAAAUUAACAUAUCUUAUUUUCAAAUCGUUGGGAAAGUGAAGGCUUGUAUUCAAUUACAGUUAUUCCAAAAUAUUUUAAAUUGAAUGUUACUUAUUUUUUGUUUGAUGAAUUGCAUUCAAGACUUGCUGGUCAUUCUAAACUGGCCUGGUUUGGGCAUUACUGCAAACUAAUAUAAUCUAGUACCCCACCCAGGAUUGUUUCCUGUCCUGUAUUGAAGGAAUUGAUUUUUUUUUUCCCCCUGUGUCAGUAAUUUAUGUAUUGCUUUUAAAGUGUGUUUAGAGUCAGUGGUAUGAUGUUCUUCAUUUACAUCUCCAUUAGUGCCAAUUGGAUUAUGUAAAUUACAGGAAUUUCAGAUUCAAUCUCAUCUUAAAGUAGAAUACCAACCAAAAUUUCAGUUAUGUUAGUUGAACUGUAACCUCUUCAAUUGUUUCUUGUCAAAUUAUUUUUGCCUAAACUUUCCAAAUUAAUUGUUAGCCUGGAAAUCACAGCUCAGCAGUGUGAAGACUUGGUUUCCCCAAGAUUCAUCCUGACAUUGCAGCUCCACAGCUUUCAACCAGUGACGCUAAAUUUCAUCUUUUAAUUUUUAUAUGUUUUCCAUAUACAUUAAUACAUAUUUCUUUUCUAGCAGUUAUGAAAAAAGUUUAAUUUUUAAUUUGUGUGUGUGAGUUUGCAGACAUAUAAAGUACAUGUAUUAAUCUGAAACCCCCUGGUGACAGAACUCUUAUCGGGCAAUCUCAUUCAUUGGUAUACUAAAGUCUGCUCUCUGUACCCUUUGAGUUAGCAUACAGGGCCCUGCACUUUGCACCUAUCUGACAAUCGUUCAUCUCCAACAUCAAUAAAUACUCUGUGCUACAAAGGGGCAUAAUAUUCAUGUUAAUCUGAUUUAGAAGUAUCUGCUGUACAUUUUGAGCGUUAGAAUAAUCAAUAUUUUCAGUUUUAUUUUGUUUAUUUGUCCAUAACAUUAAGCUUUAAGGCAUCUAAUAAAACACUUUGUAUGUGAAAUGUUACUCUGAAUUCAAGUUUCCAGGGUCAAAUCUCUCUAAACCUUUAUCACCUGGGGUGACUCCAGUCCAUGUGAAUGAUUAUCUCAAAACUGCUUAAUAUUUUGUGAUAAUGGUCACAUGGAAACAUGCUAAACACAAAUGUGUUGUGUUUUAAUGCCAUUUAAAUGUUUUUAUUCUUACAUUAAUGAUUGUUGCAUUUUACAUUAAAAAAUGAAACCUAUUUUGACAGAACUGGCACUAACCUGUAGUUAAUGUAAUAAGUGACAGUGUGAGUACAGUUCUUUCAGUCAUUAAUUAUGCUUUGUUUUUUAAUAAUGCUACUCAUUCUGGGCAGUUGUACAAAGCAUUUAAUAUCUUGGAAUUAGAGUGCUUUUUAGAAAUGUUAGCAUAUUGUUAAAUAGAAUAAUGAAGGCUACAGCUCUUUUAAGUCCACAAGUGGGUCUCUUGUCUAGAUGAACCUUUGACUGUUUGUAGUAAAAUUUGAAACUGAGGUUCCACUGGUGGUGUUAGUGUUUAUACAGACCUGUCUCAAAUUUACCAAAGAAUGAAAACUGACAUUGGCAAAUUGAAUUAUCUUCUAUUAUAACUGAAUAAAGUGCACUUUGUUCUUGUUCGGGGUCAUGUUUCUGUAGUUUAAAUAUUCAAGUUUUUUCUUUUGUCUUUGUCUGAAAUGUGCCUUCUGAAAAACCCAGUAUUUUAUUAGUAAACAUGUAAAUGAUUCAUUUGUUUCAUAUAACAUCUAUAGCAGACUUUUUAUUUUCUAUGAACAUUUGUGAUAGUUCCAUACACUAUUACUCAUGCUUCUGUAUAAAUUAAACCAUUAACAAAAUUAUAAUGAAAGAAUUUAGGAACAGUUGUGAUAUUACAGGUUACUUUUAGUAUGUUUAUAUUUUCUAAACUACUACUGCAUUUUUAAGUAUCUACAUGUUGUCAUUUUCAACAAAAAUUGAUUUUUUUUUAAUCCCACCAGCAUGAUUAUCUUAAACAUUUCUCCAGUCUAUAUUGACACAGUCUCUGUUACUUGUCUUUUUAGUAUCCCUUCUCUGUGGGCUUGCAAAACAGUUUCCUGUGAAUUCUGGUGUUUUGCCACACCUGAGCUAUUUUCGAAUAAUCCUCCUCUUUGCUUACAUGUCCAAUAAUUGCUGUGUAUGGUGCCAACGUCCAGGGUGAAACACUGAUGUCAGCAGGAUUUUUUGUGUGAUUAUAUACAUGCACACUGAGCUCUAAAUAUACAUUAGCUUCAAAUUAGCUUUUGCUAAAAGUAUCUACCCGGCUGCAUUUGUUUUACUUUAUGUCUUGGUCUGAGUGCACUGUUGACAUUCUGCUGUUACCUUCCUUAGGUAAUAAUGUCAAAUUACUUUCAUAUUAUACUACUGCCCUUUUUCUCUUUUCCAUAUGUACCUAUCAUAGUAUUUAGUGCAGUAUUCUUUAACAACAUAUGCAAAAGUGUAGAGGUAAUAAAAAUGACUGCCUGGUCCUAAGCUUGUUUACAUUCAAAGAUAUGUAUUUGUUAAUUAAGAACAUUAGAAAAUGAGUAUAAAAGCCCAUCAUUUUCAUAUAUCUAUAAUAAACUAUUUGUACACUGACAUUUACACACAAGUAAUCUCGUAAAGCUUUGUAUUUGUUUUCAGUUUAUCUGGUGUUUCACUAUUAUAAUCAUACUGAUUUAUUAAAGUCCCAGAAAAUCUUCAGUGCAGAAAGAAUAAGGAUCCAAAGAAGCAAUACCAUCAGUAGCCCCUCAUGAUGGAUUGCUAUAUAAAGAGAGCUGCAGUUUAUUAUUUACAAAUGCCACAUAAUGCAAUUGUGGUUUAGAAGGUUGAAGGGAUGAAAAUGUAAUGUGUUUCUGCUUUACAGUCGAAAGCUACAGAAACUCAAAUAAGAUCACAUUACACUUGCACUGCAGGAAAUAGAAUUCCUCUUGUUUACUGGAAAUAUUUUAGGUGCAAUAAUUGGAGAAAUGCAAAAUAUUGGGGCUACCUUGAAUUAGUAAAUGAAUGGAUGCCACAGAGCUAAUGAAUUGACGUUGUCCUGGUAUUUAUGUACAAGACACUUUAAAACUAUCUGCACUUUCAUUAAAAUAUCUGUGCUUAUGUUUAGUGCACAGAUACCUCUUGCAGUGAAGAUGUUUGCAGCAUUGCAAUGCACAUUGUAUUCUCAACUCAAAUUAUUUAAAGCAGCUAUCAGUUCUACAAUUACGUCUCCCUGUUUAUCAUAUUCUGAGCACUUGGUCUUGGAAUAUGGGGCAUUUUUAUCUAUACCUUAUUCAGUUUACUUUUUAUUCAUUUGCUAUGCUAUUAUUUUACAGAAAUCACAUCCGUGAACAUUUUGAAUUGCAGAGAAAUAAUAAUGACUAAAAUUAUUAUUAAAAUGCAGAAAUUUAAAGUCUGAGUAAAUUGUAUAUUAGUUAUUUUUGGACUUAUUUUGGAGUAUAUUUCUGUGCUCAAAUUUAAAUAUAUAAGGAAGAAAAAAAGAUUCUGUACACAUGCAUAUUCUGAGCAGGAGAGUGCCGAAGGUCUAGGAGUUCUUUUUAGGCUAAAUAGUCCUCCCCACACCCUCUAGGAUUAAUUUGAAACCCUACGCUGGAAUAAUGUUCAUCAUAACUGCACAUUUAUUUAACAUAGUGCCUGGCUGGCUGGUUUCAACUAAUAUAUAUAUACUCUUUAUUUGUGCCAGUAUUGCUUUUGUGAAACAUUAGAAUUUUGAAGAAGUUGCUUCAUGCUGUAUGUCCAUACCCCCUUCUAACUAAACAGCAUUGCAUUAAAUCACCUGUUACUGUUUUGCUCCAUUGUUGUUUCUGAAGUAAUUUUCCCUUAAUUGUUUUUCUCGAUAAUAUUAGAUGCAUCUAAUAUUAAAUAGCUGUCCGUUAGUUUGUACUAGGAUGUAUAGUUUUCUGUUGCAUUGAACAGCUGUGUUUUUGAAUAAAGAAACUUUAUAGAACAGUGACUUUUACAGUAUCUUAGUUCAAGUCCAAACUGAGAUUCCUGCAAACUUUAUAUUGCAGUAAACAGGUUCACAAAAUAAGAUUGUCCCACGACAGUACUCAUCUAAAGAUAAACUUAAUCUCAAGUGGACAAUAUAUAUUUUAUUAAUAUUCUUCAGUAGCAUUACAAUAAGAAAUGUGCAUCCAUCCACACAUGGUUUAUUACUUUAAACCAUUUUAAAAUGAUACAAUUAUUUGUAAAGUCAAUCCAAUAUUUACCAAGAGAUGCUUAGUCUGGUGUCUUACUUAAAAGGUAAUAAGGUCCUAAGCAUACCUCAGGAAAGAUGACACCUUGUAAAAUUCAAGAUGGUAUUGAGUUGUUCCAUGAUUUUCUUUUCGUACUUUCCCAGUCCUCAAUGUGGCAAAUCUAUGCACUUAGAGCCUCAAAAGUGCAUUUAUGUGAAAUAUUACUCUUGACAUGUUAUGUUAUCCGUUAUAGUCAUCCACUCAUAUUUUUGCCCUUGAAUUCAUUUUGGGUUCUCGGAUCAGGAGCUGAAGCUCUGUUAAAAGUAAUUUGUUAAACUUCUAUAUCUUUUCAUACAUUAGAGAUGCUUAAUCUACUUGAAGAUAAUACAUGCCCUCUUGUAUUGUGGAAGAAACUAAUUUUGAACACAUUUGCUGUACCACUGUUUUGAAACAGAAACGUUAUUAAACGUUAAGAGCUUUUAUAGAGGUGCUAGACGAGAGCAUGGUGUGACUCUCUCGACAAGUUGUUGAAGACCAGCCUUCAUGUACUGACAAAAAUCACACUAUCCUAGAGUGCUAAAAACUUCUUUACCAGCGUACAUGAAUUCUCUGUUGUGUUAACUGGCAUUUAUAGGUUAAUUCUGGAGGUAUCUUGUUUGUGCCAUGAAAUCUGUGAGGUUUGUUACAGUUAUGUAUGAAAAAGGUGUAAUAAAAAUGGUAAAUUUCUGCAAUUUCAAAGCCUAUUUAACUCUUUCAUCGUUUUAAGUAUUUUAUUGUCCUAAAUGCACUUUUAACUGGGAGAUGGUAUCUACUAUACAGCUGCACAACUGUUUGCUGAAUCUGUCUAAAAACAAAAGAAAAGUUACAAGUUAUCCACAAUGUGCUGUCACUAUUUCAUAUGCUAAAUUGUUACAGAAGGAAGCCGUAAAGCUAGUUAUUUGCGGUCCAGUUUAUUGAAGUGUUAAAUUAAAUCUUUGCAUUCAUGCUAUGUUUUGUCCAUUCUAGUGCAGUACAUUUUUUGCAUGUUUUUUUUUUUACUGAUCCACCUUCAGUUUCUGUGCUCUCCUAGUCAGUUUUGCAAGUGUUUGGUUUUUUUUGUUUUGUUUUUUUCGGUAUUAUUUCUGCUCACUGUGUUACUUCCUAAGCAUUGAAUUGCUUUAAUAGAAAAAGUAUACCUUGCCCGGAUGUAUAAAUCAGAGGUUGAUCCAUUUUCAUUUACAAGAUUUAGACAAAUUUCAUUAUUGCACUUGCAUUCUGAAAUGAUUAUGUUCAAGACACUGGACAGCAUUCAGAAAAGCAUGAUGGUAUUCUGCAGACUUCUUGACCACAAUUGCCUUAUUUCAUGUAAUUGGUGUGGUGACUGUUUCUGUUAUGGUAGUAAAAUCUCAAUGGUCAGCAGGGCAACUUUGUAAUGAUACAGUAUGCCACUUUUUACUGUGUUUCUAUAGGGGACAAGGCUUGAAUUUUUACUGCCAAUAUGUAUGUUCAUAUGAAGAAGUGUUCAGAGAUUCUCCAAAAUAUUUCCCCUUUUUGUUAAUAUGACUGUUCUAGUUAUGUAUCUGCAGUCCACUGUAUUUUAUUAUUUUUAAAAGGAUGUUCAUAUGUCCUUGUCUUCAUAUGUAUGGUGUUACACAGUUGCUUUCUGUUUUAGAUGAUACACUUGGUGCUUUCACUGUUGCUACAUUUGUCUUAAUAUACAAAAUAAAAAUUAAACAUUUAAGCAUAA